AUGAUAAAUAAAUAAGAAAAGAUGUGUGUGCUGGUGUAUGCAUGACUGCCGAGAGAUGAUAAUGUUUUGUGGAAAAAGUAAAGUGAUAGAGAGAAAACCAGUCCCAUUCCUCACACCUGCUGGCUGCUUGGCCUCUUUCUCAUCACAGAUGCACACGGGGUUAUCACAGAAUGAGCGAACAUUCCAAGGAGGACCCAGAUUAGUUCCUCAAAAAUGGGCAGUUAAAGCCUCAGUUAGUGGGUCUCCUCCGGGACUCUACUCGGCCAAGAUUUUCGAACUCACACCUCAGAACGUUGACAUGGUUCUUGAGGAUGUUCGGCCUUACCUCAUCUCCGAUGGUGGCAACGUCGACGUCGUCUCUGUCGCAGACGGUGUCAUCUCUCUCAAACUCCAAGGAGCAUGUGGAAGCUGCCCUAGCUCAACAACUACCAUGAAAAUGGGGAUUGAACGAGUACUGAAGGAAAAAUUUGGAGAUGCAGUCAAGGAUAUUCGCCAAGUGUAUGAUGAUGACCACACAAGUGAGACAACGGUAGAGGCGGUGAAUGGCCAUCUUGAUAUAUUGAGACCAGCCAUAAAGAACUAUGGUGGGAAUGUGCAAGUAUUAUCUGUUGAGGGUGGCCUGCCAAGAGAGUCUUCAGGUGAUGGCUUCCCAACUUGCCGGCGCAGAUCUGGAUUUGUCUAAGGCACAAAAAUGUGAAAAGAAAGAAGCAGGGUGGUGAUGCUGUAAAAGAAAGAAUCUGUGAAGAGGGCAUUGAUCUAGGUAACACACAACACACUUCCAAUUUCAAAGGUGAGAGUGAUGGUCCAUGGCAGCAAGAAAUGUGACAGCGGAGUUAAGGUAUGUGUAGAGGUCCGGCGGGCGGCCAAGGUGACCCCCCCACCCGCCGGUGAAGUAGAAUGAUUAGGUUCUUAACCUUGCUUUGAUACCAUGUAAAAUAUAUUGAUGGAUAUUAUUUAUUGAUGUAUUACAAGAUUGAUAAAUUACAAUUCC